GGAUUUCAGAACAGGACUUGCCCCACUGUCUGAAACAUCCAGGACACUGCACCACGAGAGCCAUUGACGAAAGAGGAAAGGCUUUUUUGAAGGACAUAUCUUGAAUGUCUAAUUUCCCUGCCUUUGGUUUAUUUUACCGCUGAAAAAGGCUUGAAGAUUUUCAUCUGAAAUCCUCUUCUGUCACUCGAUUUCACAAUUGUUUUAUCUUUGAGCAAGACAGAACUUUCACGAGGAUGAAGUACUACCAGUACCCAGUCUCCCAGUCCAUGGGCAUCAAGGCUUAUGGCCCCAAAGAGUCCAGCAGCUCUUCUUGCGCCCGCUCCUCUCCACGGAUCAAACCGGUCCGCAGCGUCCACUUCCCCAACGACAUUGUGUUCCAGGACUACGUCCGGCAGGGCGAGCUGGACAGGAUUGGACUCUUCAUCAGAAAGAGGAGGGUCAGCCUGGAAACCAUCUACCACUCUGGUGAGUCACCAUGAAAUCAGAACAAAAUGGAAACCAUUUUAAUGCAUUCAAGAGCUUGAAGCAUCAGAAGUGUCUUCAUGCUCUGGUUAGAUUUCAACUGGGCUUAACAAUUCCAAAGACUUGAUCAUUUCUAAUGACUCCAGUAUUGAUGCAUUGACCUGAGUCUCUGUAGCACAUACAGUAAUGGACUAAUGCCUCAGUAUAAACUUUGAUCAUUGAGUGUUCCUUCAAUGAACCUGUACUGAUGCUAUUUCACAUCCAUUCCCAUUGACGGCUCUGCAGGUAUGGCAGCGAUCCAUGAGGCCGUCCUCUCUGGGAACCUGGAGUGUGUGAAGCUGCUGGUGAAGCACGGAGCAGACAUCCACCAGAGAGACGAGGAGGGCUGGACACCUCUCCACAUGGCCUGCAGCGACGGAUUCCCUGACAUUGCCAAGUGAGUCAACGCACCUAGCAUACCCACACAUCAACAGUCACUAGCUUUAUUUAUUUAUCCACACACAUUAAGCAAGGUCAGUGGGCUAGUACAACUGGGUCUUGAGCCGAUGUACUAUUAAUAUCAACUUCAAGCCUGACUAACUUGUAUUUCUGCUGCUGGCCAUACAAUGUCAAUGCAGCAUCCCUGCAGUUCAGGUAUUCAAUGCAUUUCAGGAUAGGUGAAGAUUUAGAUUUGUACGUCACUAGGACGCAGCUCACACUGCCGGUUUAAAGUGUCAAGCCCUUACAAGGAAGACAAACCAAAACACGCAUUGGCUGAAUUUUGAGUAGCCCUCAUACCCCGAUAGCAGUAAACUACACUGAGGAUCUGCCACUUUCCUCUAACCCUCUGAAGAAUCUCACGUUUAACUAUCUCAGCACGGUACAUACCAUUGGAUACUUUCUUUACUGACAAUGCUUUUCUUCUGCUUCUCCCACCAGGUACCUGAUUUCUAUUGGCGCCGACCCUCAGGCGGAGAACGAGUGUGGGGAGACACCUGCCGAUCUCAUCGACCCAGAGUGCACGGGGGUUCGGGAGCUGCAGGUGCUGCUUGGGGUGGAGGACGACUGAGCUCUCCUCCUCAUCUAACCCUAAAACUCCACUGAAUCUUCAGUCUCCUUCCUCGUCCAGGCCUCCCGGUUGCCCCUCGACAAUGGAAUGAAAUGGACAGAUCGGUAGAACAUCGUCAUUCAGUGCCCUCCCUCGAGGUGGUCCUGGAGACAUAUCUGGUCUGUUGGGAGGAAGGAGGCCAGCCAACAGUAGAUGGUUGCCUUUGAGAGUGAACUGAACUGUUACUGGAAAGGGGCUCCUCCCAGGAAAUCUCAGCAGGCAUCGCUUUGUAAUGCUGUUUGCAGGUGCAGAAGUUAGUUUGAGCUUUUGUACUUUUUUUAUACAGGGUGAACGCAGCACUGAAAUGAAUUAGAUAACAGUAUGGUAAUCAGCUUUUCUAAUUGCUUUAUAUAGUUGAUGUGUGAAAGCUUUUUUGGAAGUUGUGAAACAUGGAUCUGUCGUUGUCCUCUGACACGUAGGGCCAUUCUGCAAUAGGGCCUACUGCCCACCACAGUAAACCAAUGUGAUAGGUCAACUCUACCUACUGACAGCGUUUAUAGUUCAAGAGUUGUCAUUUACAUCAUACGACUUUUCAAUUUGAAAUGAAUACCCUGCAUAUGUACCACAUGAAUAUGUACCCUGCAAACUGUUUGUACUCUAAAAUGUACGACAUGAAUGUUAGUCUAACACUUUACCUCCAAACUUUUGCAAACACCACUGGAAUGGUAAAUUGUGUGUUUACAAUUGCUUUUACAAUCAUUAUAACAACCGUGUGCAAUCAAUUGUGGUUACACCGCUUUGUAAAUAAGUUAUUUUUAUUAAAAUUGUUUCAUACAAAAACAA